AUGGGAGUUAAUUGUUCUAGUUGCUCAUGUGCAAACAGAGAAAAUGAGCUAAAAACUGAGCUUGAAAUAUUAGAAAACCAAACCACUGCAACAGCCAGAAGUAAAAGCAAAGCUAAAUCAGAAAUUCCACAUGAUUUGCUGCAAAAACUUAAAAAGUACACCCCAAGGAUCAUAAAAAUCCAAGCCAUGUGGCGAGGACACCAAGACCGAAAAUUAGUCUCACACCUUCGCAAAAAACAAAGAAUGAACGGCAAGUACUUUACUGCUGAAGAAUCAAGAGAAACCAUUUUAGGGAAACAGUCUGGAAUUCCUGAACGAGAAGACAGACCUCCUUACAGAUUUAAAAGCGGAGCUGUCUAUGUCGGCCAAUGGAAAGGAGGCUUUAGAGACGGCUACGGCAUACAGACUUGGCCUGAUGGAGCAAGAUAUGAAGGCCAAUGAAAAGACAACAAAGCCCAUGGGAAAGGCAAAUUUUGGCAUGUAGAUGGAGACAUAUAUGACGGAGAAUGAAAAGAUGACAAAGCAAAUGGAAAAGGAACUUAUAAGCAAGCAAAUGGAGCAAUGUAUGAAGGAGAAUGAAAAGAUGAUAUCCAAGAUGGCUUUGGAAAGGAAUCUUGGGUUGACGGAAGCAAAUAUGAAGGAUACUAUAAAGCAGGCAAAAAGCAUGGCUUUGGGACUUAUAUUUGGAAAGAAGGGUCUAAGUAUACUGGACAAUGGAUCGAUAAUAAAAUCAAUGGCAAAGGGACAUACACUUGGUAUGACGGCAGACAGUAUGAAGGUGACUGACUAAAUGGGACUAUGCAUGGACGAGGGUUUUAUGCAUGGAAAGAUGGAAGAAAAUAUGAAGGCGAGUACCAAAAUGAUAAAAAACAUGGAUAUGGGGUCUAUUUGUGGGUUGACGGAAGAAAAUACGAAGGGUAUUGAAAGAACGGAAAACAGCAUGGUGAAGGAUGGCUAAUGACCCCAGAUGGAGCAAGACGAAAAGGCGAGUGGAAAGAUGGCAAAAGAGCCCGCUGGAUAGAUGUGUAA